UUAUCUUAUCAAUCGUUCACAAGAUGGAGCUGAGAAUGGCUGUGGGGUUACUAUCCCUGGCGGCAGAUAUCGCCUGCCAGAGCUUCCCACCAGGGUUCCAGUUCGGAGUGGCCACCUCCUCCUACCAAAUCGAGGGGGCAUGGAAUGUCAGUGACAAGGGUGAAAAUAUCUGGGACCACCUGCUCCACAUCAGGCCAGAGAUCGUGGUAGACCAGAGUAAUGGUGACGUGGCUUGUGACUCCUACCAUCUCUGGGAGCAGGAUCUUGACCUCAUUGCGGAGAUGGGACUGGAUUUCUACAGAUUCUCCAUAAAUUGGGCUCGGCUCCUUCCAACGGGGUUCGCUAACAAGAUCAGCGCAGGCGGUCGGCGCUACUACGGGGAUCUAAUCUCCGGACUGCGCGCGCGCGGGAUCGCGCCUGUCGUUACGCUGUACCAUUGGGACCUACCGCAGAGCCUGCAAGACCUCGGAGGCUGGGCGAAUCCCCUGUCGGUGGAGUGGUUCGCGGACUACGCGCGUGUGGUCUUCAGUUUGUACGCCGACCAGGUGGACACCUGGAUCACCAUCAACGAGCCUGUCUACGCGUGUGAACCGGCUUACAGAGGCAUUGCAGCCCCAGGACUUGUGAACGAGGUGGGGGCGCUGCUGUGCUCCAAGUACAUCCUGCUGGCGCACGCGGCGGCCUACAGGAUUUAUGAAGAAGAGUUUAAACCUAAAUAUGGCGGUGAAGUGUCCGUUGCCAACCACGAGUUCUGGUUUGAGCCGAAAACUGAUGAAGACCUGGAUAUAACAGUAUUGGCCAGAGACUACGCGUUCACCCGCUUCUCCUACCCCAUAUAUUCCACUGAAGGGGGCUGGCCACCGCUGGUAGAAGCAUUUAUGGAAGGAAAGAGUAAAUCGCAGGGAUACCCUCGGUCCAAACUGCCUGCGUUUACUCCAGAAGAAAUUCAGCUGCUGAAAGGUUCCUACGACUUUUUCGCCAUAAACCACUACACUUCGAGGACGGUUCGAGCUGCGCUGCCUGGCGAAGCAAUAGGAGCGUUUUCAGUGGACGGUUUCGAUGAAAUCGGUGCUGUGCUCGAGAGUAGACCUGAGUGGGGAUCUGGACUGAGUUGGCUCAAAGUAAACCCAGAAGGUCUCAGGAACGUGCUGAACCGGAUCAAACAACAGUAUGGAGAUAUUAAGAUCAUAGUCACAGAAAAUGGAUUCUCUGAUUUUAGUACAGACUUGAAUGACAUUGGACGAAUCGAGUACUAUAAAAGUUAUUUAGAACAGGUGCUGCUGGCUAUAAACGAAGAUAAAGUGAAUGUGGUGGGAUACACGGCGUGGUCGCUCCUUGACAACUUUGAGUGGAACUCUGGCUAUCAGUCACACUUCGGUAUGUACGCGGUAGAUUUCUCGGACCCCCGGCGCCCGCGCACCCCCAAAGCAUCGGCGCGGUACUACAAGAGCGUCGCGCGCGCAAAAUCUUUGGACGUAGGGAAUUUUACCCAGUGGCGUAGCUAGGCGUGGGCGAAGUGGGCCGUCGCCCACGGCCUCGCGCCCCAAGCGGGGCCUCGCGCGAGGCCCCUUCGGGCACCGUGAAAGAAAAAGGCCUCACAGAUGCGACUUCGCGCACGGCUAGAUUAGUUCACGCUACGCCACUGAUUUUACCACAAUGAACUGAAGUAUUUCUGAAAGUACAUACUUACAUGAAAGGUCCUAUAACAACUGAUGGUCUAAUUUUUACCCGACAAGCAACGCAAAAGCAGGGUUAUGAUUUUGACCGGAAUGUAUGUGGGUAUGUAUGUAUGUUCAUCUGUUCCCUCAUAACUUCUAAAGUACACAUUAUAAUUAACGUUGAUUAUGUUAUGACUAUUGACGAUCAUAUUAACUAUGGAAAAGUACUCGAAUUGAUCCUAUAUAAUUUAUACUCGUUGCAUCCGAUAUCGGAUCGGAUAGUGUGAAAACGCUCUUUAAGAUAAGUGGUAGACAAAUAAAAUUAUGUUUUAAAAUUUCGUGUUUUCUAUAAUGUGUAAAAUGUAAAACUACUCCAGCUACAUAAAAUAGUGGAAAUUAAAUAAAAUGGAACUAAAAAAAAUCGUACUAAAGAAAUUGUUGCCUAGUUUAAGCAUUUUACGUCAAAAAUGUGACAGUUACGUAAGUAUUAGGCGCCCUCAAUAAUUUUCUAUAAUUAUUUUUCGGACUAUAAAUAUUGUUCGCUUCACAAUAUAUUAUUAUUUUAAUUACUCU